AUGCAAUUUCCCAUGGACACGUGGCUCCGAUGGUAUUGGCCAACGAAGGGUGACUACUUUGUGGUGACUGUGACCUGCGAACCUGCCGAGUUUCUGCGUGGCUUGCAGAUGCGACAGCGGCAGCAGAUGCUGAAGCUUGGUUUUCGGCUUCCAGCACCGUGGAACAGCAUCACGAAGCUCUCCCAGGACCAUGAAGAUGACCAUACGACGUUCACGAAGGGAGAUGCUGGAAAGGGCCGAGAAGGACGUGACCGAAGCCCCCGACGAAUGAGCUCUGCUCGUGUGAUGGCUGCAAAGAGGCUUUUGGGCCUCACAAAUGUUAUCUUGCCGGCAGUUCAGGAAGUGAACGAAGCUUUUGCAUCUGCGCAACGUCAAGCCAACACUGAUGUCUUUGGAGGGAAUUACAGCUCAGAGGACAACUCUACUGGUGGCUUCGGAUGGGAUAUGGCACAGCUUGCAUGGGCUCGUCGGGUGCUACUUGAGGCCCAUCAAGUGGCCCAAGAAGCUGUUGCUGAUGGUGUGCUGCCACAAUGGAUGCAAGAGGAGCCGAUUCCCGGGGUUCCAGCCCCACAAGCUGCAGCCUUGCCUUUGCCUGCACCGUGA